AGAUGACAUGACAUGGUACUAGGCCACCGUCUGUAGCUGGCAUUCUGAUAAUCUGAUGUGAAAACCGGAAACGGAUCCCGGUUGCUUGAUUUCGAAGUCAGUAUUGGCUCGAUCUGGUUUGCGUGGGGCGUGUGCUCCCCCUCAGCUAACCUGCCUCCAUAGGGCGUAGAUACGAAGUGCCGGCUCAGUUCUUCAGGAGCCACGAAUCGCCACGGGACCAAGUGAACGAGAAGCCGCUGACCGACAUUCCAGCGCUCUCAAUUCCUGACGGCGCUGCAUCCUGAGCUCCCCAGCCCAAUCCUCUCCCGGGCUCUGCUCGCCCUUCCCCUCUCUGGGCAAACAGCAUCCAGCACAGGGAGCCGGCAUGAUUCACAUGCGGCGAGGCGACGCGUCGCUCCAAACCAAACACUGCCCGACGAUUCCGCUCCGGUCCGGUGCACCGAACCUGCCGUACACAGGCGCCCCCGUUUUUUAACGAGGCCCCUGCUCGCUCACGUCCGCACCUCGCUCGUAUCGCAUUCACACAUCACACAGAGCGCACGGCCGCCGCUGGCCCCCCUCCGCUCGCGAGUCGCUGGUAUAAAAGCGCAAGCUUGCAGAGCCCAGCCGAGAGAGUAGACCGCGUCGCUGGUAGGCUGGUAGCCAGGCCAAGUCACCCACGCGUUUUCUCUCGCAGUGGGCUCGAAGCAAGGCAUGGCGUGGUCGGAGACGGACGCCGCGCUGUUCGCGGCGGUGCUGGGGCGGGACGCGGCGCACCACCUGGCCACCACGCCGCCGCACCUGGACGGGCCCGCGGCGUCGGCGGCGCCCGCCGAGCUCCAGGCGCGCCUGCAGGACCUCGUCGAGCGGGGCGGCGUGUGGGCGUACGGCAUCUUCUGGCAGGAGUCCCGCGGCGCCGGCGGCGGGCGCGCCGUGCUCGGCUGGGGCGACGGGCACUGCCGCGACGGCGGCGCCCCGCUCGACGCCGGCGCCGGGGAAGCCGGCGCGGCGGCGGAGAGGAGCGUGGCGCGGAAGCGCGCGCUGCUGCGGCUCCACGCGCUCUACGGCGGCGGGGACGACGACGAGGGCGCCGACUACGCGCUCCGCCUCGACCGGGUCACCGGCGCCGAGAUGUACUUCCUGGCGUCCAUGUACUUCUCCUUCCCGGAGGGCGCGGGCGGGCCGGGGCAAGCGCUGGCAUCCGGCCGCCACGCCUGGGCCGCCGUGGACCCGCGCCCGCGCGGAGCCGGCGCCGGCGAGACCGCGCCCGGGUGGUACGUCCGCGCGUCCCUCGCCCAGUCCGCGGGGCUCCGCACCGUCGUCUUCCUCCCGUGCAGGGGCGGCGUCCUCGAGCUCGGCUCCGACGUGGCCGUCCGCGAGACCCCCGAGGCCCUGCGCGCCAUCCAGUCCGCCCUCGCUCUCGCGGCGCCCGCGGCACGUGAGGAAUGCAUGAGAAUCUUCGGCAAGGACCUCUCUCCCAGCGGCCGAGCGCCGCGGCAGCAGGCCAUGGGGCUCAGCGUCGCCGGCGACAAUUGGGCUCCACAGCUCGGCGGCCACGCCACAGCGUCCGCCCCAGCCGCCAGCAAGGAUGCGGCGGCUAAACCCAAACCUCCGGGGCCGCCCAAGAGCAUCGACUUCACCAAGCCGGGCAAGGCGGAGCAGGCCGGCGGCGAGGAGCGGAGGCCGCGGAAGCGCGGGCGGAAGCCGGCGAACGGGCGGGAGGAGCCGCUGAACCACGUGGAGGCGGAGCGGCAGCGGCGGGAGAAGCUGAACCAGCGGUUCUACGCCCUGCGCGCAGUGGUCCCCAAGAUCUCCAAGAUGGACAAGGCGUCCCUGCUCAGCGACGCCAUCGCCUACAUCCAGGAGCUGGAGGACCGGCUCCGCGGCGGCGGCGGCGAAGGCGAAGGCCCCGGGGCGGGCGCGCGCGCGGAGAGCCCGGCCGUGGAGGUGAAGGCAAUGCAGGACGAGGUGGUGCUGCGCGUGACGACGCCCCUGUACGCGCACCCCAUCUCCCGGGUGUUCCACGCCAUCCGGGACGCCCAGCUGAGCGUGGCGGCGUCGGACGUGGCGGUGGCCGACGACGCCGUGACGCACACGCUGGUGCUGCGGUCGCCCGGGCCCGACCAGCUGACCGCGGAGGCGGUGCUCGCCGCCAUGUCACGGGGUAUGACCAGCGCCACCCCCUCCCCGUGACCGCGCUAGCUGGUAGCUCUAAGUCGUAACCGUGCGCGCCCCGUGCGCGCGCAACUGCCCAACCGUUAGUGCUAGCUUCUCCCCACUUGUGACGGCACGCCGGCCCCGUAGUAAAAGCCACAGAUAAUUCAGUGGUGGCCAACGGGACACGAAUUUACUGUUCCUUUUCCCUAGCCUGUUUUUUUUUACCACAAGCUUAUUAGGCGAGAUGCGUUCGUACACAAUUGAAGCCAGAGUUUGCUACUUGUGUUAGUCGUUGUAAUUUUGUUUCUUGGACGCUGUUUGUCCAGCCUCUGGUAGCUACUAACCUUAUACCAUGCGUGCAGCAGCCUAACAGUGUUGUUGUUUUCACCUGUAGCUCUCGUGCGUGUCAGAUUAAAUCUUCCCCCCAUUUGGUUUGCACUA